AGGAGGAGCCUUACAAACAUUUGAGGAUCUGCAGACGCACGUCAUGACAGGCAGGAGAGAGGAGAACUUCUCCUGUUGUAAACUUGGAGAAGGAAGAACAUGAAGCACGCAGCUAUAAAGCGGAACCCGAGGGGAUAAAAAACACAGAACUGAGCGUAAAGAUGGCACAGCAGGAGGAACCUCUGUAUGAUUUCCCAGAGCCAUCCCAGCCAUCAAAGCAAAGGCUGCCUCAAAGAGGAAGGAGCUCCCUGAGAAGCAUCAGUGUGUUGGACCGACUCCUGCUUACAGUUCCUGUUUGGUUGCAGCUGUCCAUCAAUCCGGCUAAUGCUCUGCACAUUCUGCAGAGGGAGCCUCCUGGGUUAUAUCCAACUCUGUCUCUGGAGAGUUCGGCCAUCAGCUUUCCAGAUCUCCCAAGACUAAUUUCAUUUUACUGUGUCAGCAGAGAUGUUUUACCUUUUCCUCUGGAGCUUCCUGAAGCCAUUGCGAGGGCGGCGUCACACAAAGAGCUGGAGUCCAUCUCCCACAUGGGAAUUGAAUUCUGGCGUUCCCAUCUAAAUGUACGUGGACCACGGGAGGCUCCUAAAGCCAGAAAAGAGGAGAAGCAGCCAGAUGCUGCAUCAUCUGCUAUACCUGCUAUCCUACAGACCGACUCUACAGCUCAGCCAGAGUCUGGUCUCCAACCGGAUUCAGAGAACCAACCCAGUGCAGCUGAACCCCACUCAAACGGCACCAAAUCGUAUUCAAAUCCAACCCUCUUCCAGGAGUUUUGUCCAAUCACAACGCGCAGCCCCAGAGAGCUGGACUGCGGCUCAGGCCAGGGCGCCCUCUGCUUCAUUAACCCUCUCUUCCUACAGUCGCAGAGUGCUUUCUCCAGAAGGCGAAUGUUCAAACGCAGCCUAAAGGUUCGAGUUUCCACAGAGACGUCCAGCUUGCUCUCGCCUCCGCUCGCUCCCCCGCCUCCUCCACCCCUCAUGCCUAAAACCAAAGGGAGACGUAAAGGUCUAAAAGCAGGAGGCUUUGUUAAACCCAACGGGGAUACGUUUCAUGUUGCUCAGGUUGAGCCACCUCUCAUUGAGCUGGAGGAGGAGCCUCCAUCAGGAGAUCUUUCCUUAAUGUCAGACAUAAAGGAGGAGGGCCAACCGGAGUGUGGAAGCAGCACCACUGAAGAUGACAAACAGGAAGUACCUGCAGCUCUUUUAGAUGACUACUUGCACCCUAAUCCUGUGAUCAGUGCUCCCUCGCUCUCCCCUUACCAAUCACCCUCCAUUUCUCCAAGAGCACCUCCUCUUUUCCCUAAAACCAGCUAUUCCCUGUCUCCCCGCAACUCUCCCAGUGCUUCCCCAUCCAUUUCACCUUAUCAGUCGCCAUCUUUAUCCCCUAAAGUACCUCUGUCUCUCUCUCCAUACGACUCACCAAACCUUUCUCCCUCUCCCUCCCCUGUAACCGUGCUGAACACCUCUGCACUGGCAGAACAAGACUGCUGUGCAGAUGCUGCUCCUUCAGGGUCAGGGCAGGAGGCUGUGAAGGAAGUGACGCACACAGACAAGAAUACAGAGGAUGAUGGAGAGACAAAGCAUUUGAAUGAAGAGAGAGAAAAAGAGGGGAUGGGUGUGGAUUUAGAGAGAAGUGCUGAAGAUGAUGGCUUCAGUUCCGUCAGUGAUCUCAAAGAAUCACUAGAGACUCCUUCUCAGUCACCCCAUAAACCGGACAUGGUAAAAGAAUGCAAAGAGACUUAGGCUGUUUAGGAAUUUUAAAGUUAUAGCAUUUUUUUUUUGAAAGAACAGAGAUUGCUUAUAUAAAUAAUUAUUUAAUUGACAUGAUUCCUUUUCCUGAGCUCACGACUGUUAAGCAUUUGUUUGCUCUUGGUUUUUAAUGAGGGUGCGUGUCUCUUCCAAUUCAACAAAGCUAACAAUUGUUUAAAUGUUUACUAAAA